CCCUAAAUUUUGAUUUGCCGACCAACUUUCGAUGCUGUAAACAGAAAUUAUUUAAAUUUAACAAGAUUUCAAUUAAAAUUCGGGUUAAAAAUGGGUCAGAAACGUCAAUCCGACGCCUUGGUAGAAGUCCAAACGAAAAAAUCGCGCAACAAUGAACUGGUUCCACUCACGAAUAAGGAUAAACAGUUGCUUGAAGCUGGAAUUUCUCGCACCAGCAGUCUCUUUUCCCCAAUUAUGUGCUUGGAAGGACAUCAAGCUGAUGUUUUUUCAUGCGAAUUUCAUCCGGAGGGCGAACAUUUGGUCUCAUCGGGGGCUGAUCGACAAAUUUACAUUUGGAAAACGUUUGGCGAAUGCGAGAACGUUGGAGUACUGAAUGGACACACAAAUGCUGUUACUGAAGUGCAUUUUUCGCCCGACGGAAGUCAUUUGUACACAAGUUCGAUUGAUAAAAAUUGCGCCGUUUGGGAUGUCGCCACAUGCACGCGCAUCCGCAAGCUCCGGGGACACACAAAUUUCGUGAAUUCGUGUCGGGGAGCGCGGCGUGGCACCGAAAUGGUCGUUUCGGGGUCAGAUGAUCGCUCGAUUCGGCUCUGGGAUGCCCGGAAAAAGUUCGCUGUUCAAACAAUUGAGACGCCGUAUCAAGUGACUGCCGUUUGUUUCAACGACACGAGCGAACAGGUCAUCUCGGGAGGCAUCGAUAACGUUUUAAAGCUCUGGGAUCUGCGAAAAAAUGAAGUUUUGUUCGAGAUGAAGGGUCAUACAGAUACCAUUACUGGCGUGAGUUUGUCGCCGGAUGGCGCCUACGUGUUGAGCAAUUCCAUGGAUAAUACGCUGCGGAUUUGGGAUAUUCGGCCUUAUGUGUCGGGAGAGCGGUUGAUAAAGAUUUUUGGCGGGCAUCAACACAACUUUGAGAAACAUUUGCUGAAAGCGGCGUGGUCUCCGGACUCGCAACGUGUCUCUUGCGGAUCUGCUGAUCGACUGUUGUACAUUUGGGAUGUGCCGUCGAGUCGCAUUUUAUACAGGCUGCCGGGUCACAAUGGAUCCAUUAACGAUGUUGACUUCCAUCCAACCGAACCGAUAAUUUUGAGUGGCAGCAGUGACAAAACUUUGUACUUGGGUGAACUUGAUGCAUAAUAUUGAUAAGAAUGUGCAUUCGUUUGAUUGAAAAAAAAAAUAAAUACUAAUUAAUAGAGCAUUAAUUUUGUCAUUCAUGUGAGUCUCGGAAUGUACUUGGGCUAAAAGAAGUUUCGAAAA